GAGCAGACAACCGCGGGCUUCAGUUGGCGAGUGGACUCUGACACGAACCACUUCUCGCUACAAGGUACAAGGGGAAGGCGCAUCGCGUUCUUCUCCCAGCUGACAGCGGAGAGCUCUACUCUGCCGUGUCGCACAUGCUGAGAUUUCCUCAAAAGACUUAGCAAAGCAUAAAAAAGCUUGCUUGUGUAGCUACUCACCCCUCAUCAUGUGCUAUGAAUGUGAGAGAGGAGUGGACGGGACGGGUAGCACUCCUUCCCUUAGCAUUGCCGAACAUGAAGAUUACUGGCCAGCGUUGCCAAAGAACUUGAUGAACAAGUCUCUACUUCAGCGCUCUCUAGGCGGGUGCGCUGGCUUCAGGAAGAAGGCAUAUGGCAGCAAGAACUUGAUUUUUCACCUGGAUGAUGCGGAUGAGCUGAGCGGACACCAUGGUUGUGUCAAUGCGUUGUCUUGGUCAGAGGAUGGUCGCUUCUUGGCAUCAGGAAGUGAUGAUACGCACAUCAUGCUUUGGGACGCUCAGCAAACCUCCAAAGGACUUCGGUCGAAGUGCUCGAUACACACUGGUCACCGGGCUAAUAUUUUUGAUGUACAAUGGAUGCCAGACACGGGAAAUUCCAUGAUUGUUUCUGCGGCUGGAGACUCUCAAGUACGUGCGUUUGAUGUUGAGUACACUGCAACUAGAAAGACGACUGCCCCGUGCAGAGUGUAUUCCAACAGCACAGAUCGCGUCAAGAAGAUCGUGACCGAAAACAGUCACAUGUUUAUGACUUGCUCAGAGGAUGGAUCCGUGCGACAGUAUGAUCUGCGCGAAGGUGUUGCAGAAGCGACGCGACGACGACCUCUGGUGCAUUUUCAAAAUCCACAAGUUGCUUUGACUGCCCUCACGCUCAAUCACACCAUGCCAUACCUGUUUGCUACGGGAGGGUCUGCGCCUUUUGCAUUCCUACACGACCGACGCAUGCUUCGCCAUAUUGAGCUGCAGUGGGGCAAAGUCCCUGGCUUGCAAGAUUCAAAACCCUCACAAGUCGUUCGGCUCUUCUCACCCAGGUCGACGAAAAGCCCGGCAGAGCUGACAUCCCUCAAAUUCAGCAAGGCUAGACCCACUGAACUACUUUGUUCUUGGCAAGCAAAGGGUAUCUAUGUGUAUGACAUCAAUGGCGAAGCAGAGCCAAUUGAGAUUGGCUCUUCCGCACCCCAGCGAGCAGCAGCCUCCACCUCCGUUCGACAAGCUGCCGUAUGUCCGAUGGAACGUGAUCGAAACCACUUUCUCGGCAUUCUCGAAGCGGACACUGGUCCCUCUACGUCUGGUGUACCUUUAGUGCCGAGUCCUGGAACUCGAAGCGGUGGCAACAGGACAAAUGACCGCGGGAGUGAUGGGCCCGAAUCAGAGUCUGCAGCCGAUGAAGACGGCUGGGAGACGGAGGAUGAAGACGACGCAGAUGAAAGUGAGGACGAUGAUGGCUACGACGAUGAAGACGAUUAUGACGACCACAGUGAUGAUUGGGAACCAGAUUUUUCAACAUUCCGCACAGACUUUGAAGAUGAGCAUGAUGCUGAAGGUGGCACGAUGGACGAGGAUCUCCUGAGAGUCUUUUUUAAAGUCAUCGCAGGCGCUCGCAAGCCACCAAAGAGUGCCUACAAGUCUGUUCGAGGCGUGCCGACAGUCAAGCCCGUUGGGCAAUCUUUCCGAGAGCACAUCAACGAGAAGACCACGAAGGAUGUUUGCUAUUAUGGUCUCGACGACGAAUUCAUCAUGAGCGGGAGCGAUGAAGGCGCGCUCUUUAUCUGGGAUCGAAGCGAUAGUGAGCUUCUGACCACGCUGCGAUGUGACAAUGACAUUGUCAAUACUAUGGCGCCUCAUCCGUUCUGGCCUCAAAUUGCAGUUUCUGGCAUUGAUCACACCAUCAAAAUCCUCGAACCAUUCUGUCCAGACAUGCACGAUCCCGGGUAUGGUUCAGAAACACACUACGACAAGAUUCGCGAGGGACGUACAUGUGGAUGUGGUGAUUACUACACAGAGCUACGAGGUAAGGCUGGGUCCUUGGCGUUGUGCCACGAGACAGUGAUCUUGAGUCACGACGAUCUCAAUCGGCGCCGAAGCCACAGGGGCAUUGGGCAGAAUGGAUUUGAUCCUUUUGUCUUCUAGUACAUUUACUGCCAUCUACGACGCUGCAUGAUCUUCAGCAAGCGAGCAAUUACGAAAAUUUAUGUGCAACGGCAUUCCUGUAUCUGUGCAUGCAGCGCUGUUGGGGUAUGCAAUGCUGCUGCGAUGCAUCUUAUAGUUUCUUCAUCUAUUCUAGAGGCCUCCAGGCCCCUCUCCUUGUGCUCCUGUACCGAUCUUGUUCGCAAGUGAGAUUCAUGGCUUAAAGCCUUGCAUGAGCCCAA